AUGCCCGGACGAAAGAGCAACGUCUCGACGGCUUCCAAUGGACCCGAAGAUGUCACAGAAACUCCGCCGGUCAAAGCCACCAAGGACAAGGAGCGAGAGGGAUUGAGCGUCGAUGAUCUGAGCUUGCCGAAAUCCAUGAUUGCACGCCUCGCCAAGGGAGUUUUGCCGGCCAACACACAAAUACACAAGGACGCACUGCUGGCUUUACACAAGAGUGCCACUGUAUUCGUCAGCUACAUAGCAUCCAACUCCAAUGACAAUGCACAAGCGGGUGGCAAGAAGACCAUUCUACCGCAGGAUGUGAUGGCUGCACUGAAGGAUGCUGAACUUGAGGAGUUCCUGCCUAGGCUGGACGCGGAGUUGAAGAAAUACAACGAGAUUCAAUGCGAUAAGCGAAAUGCAUACAGACGCAAAGUCAAGGAGGAGAAAGCAGCCGCUACACCUGGAGAGAAUGAUGAAGGUGCAGAGGCAUCCACGGCGGUCUCAGGCCCGGGAGCGACAAAUGGAGAUCCUAUUGUCCUCAUCGAUCACGGCUCCGACGCAGCUGAGCGGCCUGCGAAGAAGGUCAAGGGUGAUGAUGGCGAGGCGCUGCAACCUGACGAAGAAGAUGCAGACGAUGCGGACGACGUUGAGAAUGACGACACAGAAAUGAAUCAAGAUGCCGACGAGCAGGAUGAUGAUGCAGAGGACGAUGAUGUAGAUGACGAGGAAGGAAGUGAUGGCUCGGACGACGAGCCGAUGGAGGAUGCUUUGGAGCAUCUAGAGGAGAGGGGAGAGUUGAGGGACGAGGCGCUCGACGAGCCUGAUAGUGAUUGA